CGGGUCCGAGGGCCCGGCCCGGGCCGGGGGCCUGGUGGCCGAUGUGGUGUUUGUGAUCGAGGGCACAGCCAACCUGGGCCCCUACUUCGAGGAGUUGCGCAAACACUACCUGCUCCCGGCCAUCGAGUAUUUCAAUGGUGGUCCUCCUGCGGAGACGGACUUCGGGGGAGACUAUGGGGGUACCCAGUACAGCCUUGUGGUCUUCAACACAGUGGACUGCGCCCCGGAGUCCUACGUGCAAUGCCACGCUCCCACCAGCAGCGCCUAUGAGUUUGUCACCUGGCUUGAUGGCAUUAAGUUCAUGGGCGGCGGCGGUGAGAGCUGCAGCCUCAUUGCAGAAGGCCUCAGCACAGCACUGCAGCUCUUCGAUGACUUUAAGAAGAUGCGUGAGCAGAUUGGCCAGACACAUCGAGUCUGCCUCCUCAUCUGCAACUCACCGCCGUACCUGUUGCCUGCUGUCGAGAGCACCACGUACUCGGGGUACACAACUGAGAGCCUUGUGCAGGAGAUAGGGGAGCGUGGGAUUCACUUCUCCAUCGUGUCCCCUCGGAAGCUUCCUGCCCUGCGGCUUCUAUUCGAGAAGGCCGCCCCUCCAGCGAUGCUAGAGACACUGCAGCCGCCAGCAGAUGUGAGCCAGGACCCGAGGCACAUGGUGUUGGUGCGCGGGCUGGUGCUGCCCGUUGGGGGUGGCUCGGCCCCAGGCCCCCUCCAGCCCAAGCAGCAGGUGCCUCUACCACCCGCACCACCCUCGGGUGCUACGCUCUCGGCUGCACCUCAGCAGUCCCUGCCCCCUGUGCCGCCACAGUACCAGGUUCCCGGGAACCUGAGUGCAGCGCAAGUGGCCGCCCAGAAUGCGGUGGAGGCUGCCAAGAACCAGAAGGCUGGACUCGGCCCCCGCUUCUCGCCCAUCAACCCUCUCCAGCAGGCUGUUUCAGGAGUGGGACCCCCCUUCAGUCAGGCCACGGCCCCAACAUUACCCCCAGGGCCUCCUGGUGCCACCAAGGCACCUCCUGCCUCCCAGCCCAACAUGGUCUCCACGGUGGCGCCUGGCCCGGGCCUGGCCCCCACCGCACAGCCCGGGGCACCAUCCAUGGCGGGCACAGUGGCCCCAGGUGGUGUCAGUGGUCCUUCCCCGGCCCAGCUCGGGGCGCCAGCCCUCGGUGGGCAGCAGUCAGUCUCCAAUAAGCUCCUGGCCUGGAGCGGGGUGCUCGAGUGGCAGGAGAAACCAAAGCCCGCCUCAGUGGAUGCCAACACCAAGCUGACCCGCUCCCUGCCCUGCCAGGUCUAUGUGAAUCAUGGAGAGAACCUGAAGACAGAGCAGUGGCCACAGAAGCUGAUCAUGCAGCUCAUCCCGCAGCAGCUGCUGACCACCUUGGGCCCUCUCUUCCGGAACUCGAGGAUGGUGCAGUUCCACUUCACCAACAAGGACCUGGAGUCCCUCAAAGGCCUCUACCGCAUCAUGGGCAAUGGCUUUGCUGGCUGCGUGCACUUCCCCCACACGGCCCCGUGCGAGGUGCGUGUGCUCAUGCUCCUCUACUCGUCCAAGAAGAAGAUCUUCAUGGGCCUCAUCCCCUAUGACCAGAGCGGCUUCGUCAACGGCAUCCGGCAGGUCAUCACCAACCACAAGCAAGUCCAGCAACAGAAGCUGGAGCAGCAACGCGGGAUGGGUGGGCAGCAGGCACCCCCAGGCCUGGGCCCUAUUCUGGAGGACCAAGCGAGGCCUUCGCAGAAUCUGCAGCUUCAGCUCCGCCCACCACAGCCCCAGCCUCAGGGUACCGUGGGGGCAUCUGGGGCCACUGGACAGCCCCAGCCCCCAGGUACCACCCAGGCCCCCCCUGGUGCCCCCCAAGGCCCUCCUGGAGCUGCCCCUGGCCCACCUCCUCCUGGACCCAUCCUUCGGCCCCAGAACCCUGGGGCCAACCCCCAGCUUCGGAGCCUGCUUCUCAACCCGCCACCGCCCCAGAGUGGGGUGCCCCCGCCCCAGGCCUCCCUCCACCACCUCCAGCCACCAGGGGCUCCUGCGCUUCUGCCCCCACCGCACCAGAGCUUGGGGCAGCCCCAGUUGGGGCCCCCACUCCUGCACCCGCCACCCGCCCAGUCCUGGCCCGCUCAGCUUCCCCCACGGGCUCCGAUGCCAGCGGCAAAACGAAAGAAAGAAGGAGAGGGCCGUGUGUUUCGAGAAAAAUGGGAGCGAGACUAUUUCUUUGUGGAAGUGAAGAGCAUGCCUACGUGUCUAAUAUGCAAAAAAAUCGUGUCUGUGUUGAAAGAGUACAACCUGAAGCGCCACUAUGAGUCCAGGCACAGCAAGAGCUACGACCAGUACACAGAACAGACCCGGGACGCCAUCCUCAGCGAACUGAAAAAGGGCCUCAAGUGUCAGUAGGCUCGCUGUGCAGAGAGGAAGAGACGUGGAAAAACGACUGGGCAUUAAAACUGUGAGCUCAUCCAAGAGCAGUGGUGUGUUGUGAACAGAGACACGUGCCGUCCAGACACGAGUCUGCGGGCAUUUGCAUCACGGGGUGAUCAUAAACUAGAGGCUUCACAAGUCCAGUUGCCUGAAAGUCGAAUCAGUUGUGGCCUUUUCUGUCGCUGCUCAUAAACUUACACCCGGUUAGCUUUAUUUAUUUGUGGUGUUGAGAAUUUUGAUGUGACCGAAGAAGUCUGUGACGUGGUACCAAGGCAGGCCCAACACUGGGAAAUGAAUGACUGUAUUGAGAGAAAUAAGUCACACACACACACACACACACACACACACACACACCCUGGUCAGACCGCUAAGCACAAUUACAGACAGUUGGAGUAACUGUCGCAGGAUUUGUCCACGCACCUCCAUCCAAAGUGGCAGUGCUUGGCAAGGAUGGAGGAGUCACGUCUUGACCUGUCACCUCCAUCGAGCGGCUUUGAGAAGCCAAAGGGGCACCACGAAUGCCUGCGAUGUUUCGCUCCUGUGAGUUAGCUGUGGGCAUGGUGAUCGUGGCUUGAAGUGAAAGCCGGUUCCCUGAGGAGGUGGCCAGAGGCUUCUGAACACUGAACACAGCUCCUCAGGGACAGCCCCAGUGGCCCGGGCUGGCAGAUGGGAAUGCACUGGCCAGACAUAAUGUGACUCCUUUCCCUUUGCUGCAGUUGAUUUCCAGAAGAGAGAGGUGGCCUGGACUGUAGUCACCAGAUGAUGGGGUCAGAGGCCAAUCCCAGACUCACCGCACCCGCUUUGUAUGACAAUGAACUAACACUGUUUGCCACUGUCGGUUGGCCUUGCUGUUGCUCUGUGACUGCAGACCACAGUAGUAGUUGGACCGCAGGGCAGAGGGCUCUGGUCCUAAAGGCAGUGUUUUGGGAAGAUGGCGAGAUUCCAGUCCAUCUGGUAAUUGUCCUGAGUGUUUGUGUCUGGGCACACACGCUUGCGUGAACGGCCGGCUGUUUUCCAUUAGGGACCUGAAUCAA